GACGGGGGCGGGCGGAGGCUUAAAUAGGCGGCUCGGGAAUCGCAGACCCAGUGCGGGCUGAGGACUGCAGCCGCCCCGAGGGUCCGAGGGUCCGCGAGUGGGGUGCACCUGAGCCCCAGUGGCCUGCGCCGGAGCCCCGCCCUGGUCCUAACCGUGUCCGCGCACGAGUGGCACCUUCCACCUGAGGCUCCCGCGGCCACCCCGGUUGGUUCCUGGUCCUGCAGACGGCGGCGUCGGACGCGAUGACCCUGAACGGCGGCGGCGGAGCCGGGGGCAGCCGCGGCGCGGGCCGGGAGCGCGAGCGCCGUCGGGGCAGCACCCCCUGGGGCCCGGCGCCCCCGCUGCAUCGCCGGAGCAUGCCGGUGGACGAGCGCGACCUGCAGGCGGCGCUGGCUCCGGGCGCCCCGGCCGGGGCGGCCGCCGGGACGGCGACCCAGGGCCGGAGGCUGGACUGGCCCGAGGGCUCCUCCGACUCGCUCAGCUCGGGCGGCAGCGGCUCGGACGAGGGCGUGUACAAGGUGCUGCUGCUGGGGGCGCCGGGCGUGGGCAAGAGCGCCCUGGCGCGCAUCUUCGGCGGCGUGGAGGACGGGCCCGAAGCCGAGGCCGCAGGGCACACAUAUGACCGUUCCAUCAUGGUGGAUGGCGAAGAAGCAUCACUCAUGGUCUAUGAUAUUUGGGAGCAGGAUGGGGGUCACUGGCUGCCUGGCCACUGCAUGGCCAUGGGGGAUGCAUAUGUCAUUGUGUACUCGAUAACCGACAAGGGAAGUUUUGAGAAGGCCUCAGAACUUCGGGUCCAGCUACGGAGGGCACGGCAGACAGACGAUGUGCCCAUCAUCCUCGUGGGCAACAAGAGUGACUUAGUGCGCUCUCGUGAGGUCUCCGUGGACGAGGGCCGGGCCUGCGCAGUGGUCUUUGACUGCAAGUUCAUAGAGACGUCAGCGGCAUUGCAUCACAACGUCCAAGCGCUGUUUGAGGGUGUUGUGCGUCAGAUACGGCUGCGCAGAGACAGCAAAGAGGAUAACGCACGAAGGCAGGCUGGUGCCCGGCGGCGGGAGAGUCUUGGAAAGAAGGCAAAGCGCUUCCUAGGUCGCAUCGUAGCACGCAACAGUCGCAAGAUGGCCUUCCGCGCCAAGUCCAAGUCUUGCCAUGACCUCUCAGUUCUCUAAGGCCCUGUGGAUUCCCACUACAGUGGGAAGAUAGAUGGAUGGGCUGAGAGGUUGGCCCAGCCAACUGCCUUAGGUGCUUCAGGGCUGGCCCACCUUUUAUGCCCCUCAGAACUGCCAGCUGGGCAUGCCCCAACUCAUGGUCAUGGACAGACAGUGCUUGGUCUGGGAGGUGUGUCUUUUGGUGGCCCAUAAGGGCUGGGCCCAUGGAGAUGCACAUGCAGGCCCAUGUGCGUAUCCCAGAAGCAGGCUGAGCCCAGCCCUUGGCAGGCCUGUGUGUGGGGACAGGACUCUGCCUUCCUCUUUACAGGUAUGCAUGUCCUGGAGAGAGGCUGUUCAAUUCAGUUGCUAUUUGUUUACAUGCAAUUUUUUUUUGUAAUAAAGAAUAUUUCUUGACAUGCUGG